AUGGGGAAGAUAUCUGCCAACGACAAGCUCAAGCAACGUCAUAAUCCUCUUUUGAAGGAUAUUUCCUCGCAGGGAGGCAAUUUGAGAGCAACACCUAGGUCAGCACAUGCAAAGAAUAAAAAGUUAAAGUCCAAUGAGAAGGAACAGAAUGAGGACGGGUAUUUGGAUGCCGUCAGUUCAAGAAAGAUUUUGCAGUUAGCCAAAGAGCAACAAGAUGAGUUGAGAGAUGAGGAAGAGGUGCAAACGCCAAGCUUUGCUCAAGCGUUCAAAGAACAAGAUGUCAGCAGCGAUGAGGAUGAUCAGGAAUACUCCGAUCUCGAGGAAGACGAAGACGAAGACGAAGAGAUCAUCUACGACGAGGAGGAAAUAGAAGUUGAUGAAAAAGAUGCAGAGCUCUUCAACAAGUAUUUCCAAAAUAAUGGCCCAUCUUCAAACGGACAGAGUAUAAACUUGGCGGAUAAGAUCCUUGCCAAAAUACAAGAAAAAGAACUGCAACAACAACAACAGCAACAGCAAGACCAAGUACAAGAAAGACCGCAAGAUGCAGUAUUGCUACCUCCCAAAGUCAUCAUGGCUUAUGAGAAAAUUGGUCAGAUAUUGUCCACAUACACCCAUGGUAAGUUACCCAAGUUGUUUAAAAUUUUACCCAGUUUAAAAAACUGGCAAGAUGUGUUGUAUGUAACGAAUCCCGAAAAAUGGACUCCUCAUGCUACUUAUGAAGCAACCAAAUUAUUUGUGUCCAACUUGACUGCCAAUGAAGCACAAAAGUUUGUUGAGUCAGUGCUUUUGGAGAAAUUUAGAUCAUCAAUUGAAGACUCGGAUGAUCAUUCUUUAAACUACCACAUCUACCGGGCUUUGAAAAAAUCAUUGUAUAAACCGGGUGCAUUCUUUAAAGGAUUUUUAUUACCUUUGGUUGAUGGAUACUGCUCAGUUCGUGAGGCCACCAUUGCCGCUUCAGUAUUGACCAAAGUCUCAGUUCCAGUUUUGCAUUCUUCAGUUGCAUUGACCCAAUUACUACAAAGGGAUUUCAGUCCGGCAACCACUGUUUUCAUCAGAGUGCUUAUUGAGAAAAAAUACGCCCUUCCCUACCAGACUUUGGACGAGUUGGUGUUUUAUUUCAUGAGGUUUAGAAAUGCAGCACAAGAUCAAAUGCAAAUUGAUGAGAGCGCAGAGAAUACAAAAGCUCCACAACUACCUGUUGUAUGGCACAAGGCGUUCCUUUCGUUUGCACAACGUUACAAGAACGAUAUCACCGAUGAUCAAAGAGACUUUUUACUUGAAACUGUGAGGCAGAGGUUCCAUCACGCCAUAGGUCCAGAAAUUAGAAGAGAGUUGUUAGCUGGUAAACCAAGAUUGACUGCUUCUGAAGUCCCCAAAAAGGAUGGUUUGAUGGUCGAUGCAUUCUAA